GGAUUUGAUGUCCUCGCCGGGACACCUGUCCGAGGACAUCGAUCACUGAGACCCCGAAAACCGAUUCAAGAACACCCGUAUCUUCUGGAAAAUGCACAGUACAGCCGCUCCAUGAAAACACAUGGUGUCAAGCCGGUUCGCAUCACGAUCGAAGAACAAGAGGCGGCCGCCAGACGACGACACGAGAAGGACUCUCAAGAUUUUGAAUAUAACGAGAGUCAGCUGGAAUCCGAAGGCCAGGACGCAGAGUCUCAGAGGCACCAAGACAAAAGAAAACAGAGGAAGAUCUAUGAUGAUGUGGAUGUGGAUGAACUGGCGCUAUCACCCUCCCCAAAAACCUCGUCACCUCCGAGGCAUCUCAGAGCCAGCAGCGAGCAAAGCCCAGGACAGCAGACGAACAACACCAGCAUGAGCGAGGACGAGAACUUCCCCGACAUCAGCCAGCUUUUUGGGCGGAAAAAGGACACCCUCGUGAGGUCGUACAAGCGACAGGCGCCAUCACUGCCUCCAUCGUCCAAAAAGCGACUGAGGACCAACAAUGCGAUCAUCACACAAGAGUCUCCCUCACGAAGACAUGCCGAUGCUUGGGAUCUCCCGUCAUCCCCUCCCCCUCCUCCACCGACUUCAGCAUCCCGCACUGAUCACCAUCGUUCGCCGACCAGGUCAUCUCGUCACCACGAGCAGGAGGAAGAAGAUACCCCUCGACAGGAGGCUUCCAGUUCAGACAGCGAUUCUGAACUGGUUCGGAGGACAAUGAAGAGGAUCAGAGGAGUCCUACCCGCAUCCUGGCUAAGACUAGAUCAGCAAUCCCGCAAGGACAAAACAAAGAGUAACUUGAAGAGACAGAGUCCGUUACUGUCCCCGGAUCGGCCGCGUCUAGGGCUCGCUGUGAGAAAGGCCGGAGCAACUCAGCCUGGCGCGUCUACCAAAUGUUUCUUAGAUGAGCUCAUUGAUGAUUACGACCAUGAUAACGACGACACACAAGCAAGGGCUGAGCGAUUCGGAGAGGAUGAUGUCCUGGACGCAAUCCCGGACCACAGCGAGCUCCUACCUCUGGACGACGGCGCUUCAGUAGUGGAGGAGGACUUCGUCGAUUGGAUGCUGCCUGGGCAGAAACGGAAGCGCGCUUCCUCGCGCCGACCUCCUCAUAAGAGAAAGAAGUCUCGGCAGAAGCUCUUUCACGGCGAGGAACGAAAGCGGUAUCGACAACAAAAAAUCUCACAUUCUGUACAACGCCUGGAUCGUCCUUUGACUAACAGUGCCAGACGAUCAGAACAUAACAGCACCAACCAAGCAGUAGGCCAGGCGGACAGGGCCAUCUCGCCCCCUGCACUGAGCAUCGCCGACUUUGCUGGUCCCGAUGCGCCAAAGUUUAUCAGAGUCGCUGCUCGAGCUGCCAGUAAGCGAAGCGAUAUGGGAAGAUCCAAACCCUCAGGCAAAAGUAUCAAUCUUGGAAAUCGCACGGACAACGUGGACGCCCUUUCAGUCUUGAAGGCUUGGAGGAUUGGAAAGAUCGCACAGACAACCCCGAAAGCACCACGUCCUCCAGUGCAGCAAAAGUUGCCAAUCACUAGGCAGGCUCUCAGGCCGCUGUCCGCUAAUGUCAGGCGGCAGCCAAAGUCGCAAAGUGGUCUGUCUUUCAUACAGCCUCAGAAGUUGACGAGACAUGUCCAGACGGAUAACAAUUUCGCAAGCGCCGAGGAGUCAACCCCCCGUUCUGAAGUCCAUUCUGUCAGAUUAGUGGACUCAAAGAAGACCGUGUCGCAUUCUCGGGAUGAUCAUUUCAGGCCGGCUCAGCUCGAGGCAGAUGUGUUGCACGACGAGAGUGACUUCGCCUUCACUGCCAGGAAGAAAAUGCUGGAUCUUUUGUUUCGCAAGAACCGGCGUGAGGUCCUGGCUCGGACCUUCCACCUACGCCGAUCUCCUUCUGACAAGGGAUGUGUGUCUGCUGAACCUCCUUCAGAGGCGACCAACAAGUCUGCGUUUGACUUGCUCGAGGUCAGGGUCCAGAGAGACCAGGGGAGAAAGACGAAGACCCCUCGGGCUCGCAAGCUGGUUCUCCCAAGGCGGCUGGACCUGAAAGAUCCUCAAUUUCAACAUGCGAAUGACCCUCUUCCGUUCUUCGACGAGCCUACAGCUGCAGAAGCCCCCCAGCCUUUACACCAGGGGCAGAGCAAGGUCACCGGCUUAGGACCUUUCGGAACACAAUACACUCAGCACUUCGACAUCUUCCCAUUACAUCAAGAUACUUUCUUUCACCGUGAUACUAUCGUCGGAGCAGGCAUUCUGAAAAAAGCUUUGGACUAUGGGGUUUCCGAUGCAGUCGGAACCACCCGGCCAGCAAUAUCCUUUGGGUUUUCGAAUUAUCGGUUCGACUGGGGAUGCUGGACCGAUAAGGUGUCAUCUGAGCUUGGCCUACUCUUCGACUUGCUCAUCACCAACAUAGAGGAGAGAAGGGGGGAUGAGACUCGCUCUGGUGGGCAUCAAGCUGUAAAAUGUUCAGAACACAUCCUCGGCUUCAUCCUCGACGCCGUCAGCUUAGAUGGAGAGGUAGAAGUACGAUGGUUCACGGAACGGGUCUCGGAGCUGCUCCUCAGCUUCCUCCAGCAGACACGACCUUCAACACACGGACGAGGCGCGGACCGCACAUUACUCCAGAUCAAUUCGAGAUUUCUCAUGUGCGCCCUGGUGGUACUUCGACUCUGCCACGGUACAGUCGAGCUCUCGAGCGGAGUGCUGCAGGCCGAAGACUUGCUGAAACAAUUUGCCAAAGUAAUCAUCGAGCAACUCCAAGAGAUCGGUCUUGCCGAGGUCCGCACGACCUAUCACGAUCUGCAACGUCUUUCCACUCGAGAACGCGGAAUCAGAACUGAAAAUGUCACUGCAGCUAGUUGGGUCAUUGUCAUCAAGGUUCUCGGCGCAGCUCAUAUGCCGCGCGCUGGAUUCUGGGAUUUGACGGGUUCGAUCAUGACUGCCAGCGUCCUUCCGACCUCCGACGCCCAGAAACUUGAGGGCUUGUGGUCCGACAUGUUCACGCUCCUCCCUCUUGGCGAAUUCGAUGACAUUGGCGUUCUGAGCAAAGGGAUGCGGUCUGUGCUUCCGCUUGAGGGCUGGAGCGUGCCGCAGAAACUUUUGAAAGUAGCAUUCGAGUGCUACCAGAGCGAUCAAAGGCAAUCCCCCAGUUUCAACGAUUACUGUCGGGCCUUGCUGGGGCGCUGUCACUACUUGAUCGAUCAAUGGGGCUGGCACAAGUGUGUCGGUAUUGUUGGUACAAUUUUCGACUUCUUUGGGCAUCAGAAUCUGUCACAUUUGAGAAAUGAGGAGGUUUACAAAUCACCAAGGUUUCUGGAAGAGCUCAGUGAUGGACCCUGCCUGUCAGUUGAGCCGGAAGACCGCUGCUUCCAUAUAUUUCUGAAGAUAUUGGCCGUGGCCAUUCAGAAUAUGAGGCGGAACGGACUCUCCAACGACCUUCGCAACCUCAUCACCCGAUGCCUACCCAAUCACAAUCGACAAUACUCGAAGGAGCAGACGAUCCAUUCCCACGACCUUGCUUCCCUACGAAAUCAUCACGACCUCCUCUGUACCCUUUUCUGGGCUGCUCCUCCCGAGGAUCGUCGACCUGUUGAUUUGAUCGAGAAAUUGGUUCAACCCGCCAGUUCCCACAAAGAAGCCUGCCUGAUCAACCUGCGGGCAUGGAGGCAACUCGCACGAUUUGUCGUUUCGUCCGGAGGAUCGGUCAAUGACUACAGGCCGUUCAUGUCAUGGCAGAACAAUGUGUUUCAACAGAUUCUCACCCAAUACCUCACAGCUGCUGCUGAUGUUCAGGAUCAGUUCAUGUCCAUGGCAAAGGAAGACAGGGGGCGUAUCGAGCAGCAGAUGCUAGAUGGCAUUGUUGCUGCAAAUCAGGCCGCGGCGAAGGACGUCCUACAUUUCAGCAUUAGGGCAUCUCUGGAUGUCGUCAAACACUGUCCUUCCCUGACAGCAGCAACAUUUUCGUUCAACGUCAACCAGCUAAACAAAGUCUUCAGUAAGCUGAGCGUGAAAGAUGGAGACCUGGACUGGGGCAUCGUGCGAGCCUGUGUUGAGACGAUCGAUGUCUUGGUCAAACAAUUGGAGGACCUCUGGUACAAAUUGCGGGAGUCAACAAACGAUUCGGUUUCGUCACACGGCAGUCGGGAAUUUGAGGACGCGGUUGAGUUCCUGGAUGACAAGAUCGUCCAAGGCUUCUUCGCUGCAGCCUGUCGGGCAAUCAACUCGCCAGCGUGCGACAUUCCCCCGCACCUUGGCUCUGCUUCCGCCAUCGUCGAGAAAGCGAUCAUUCUGUGUGGUCGAAUUACUAGUCUUUUCAUUGACGGCGGCAAGAGCCAGCUACGACACUUUUUCUCUCCCGGCAAGUAUGGGAUCUUCCGAGCCCUCCCUGACGAGCUCGGCCUAGCAGAGAAGAGAUUCAUUCCUCUUUUUGUGGCUACCCUUCUCGAGAACCACGUCUUCAACUUCUCAAGCAUCAGCUGCAGUCACUUCGACAUCUGGAUCACGUCCCUAGUGAAACCAUUUCAUGCACUGCGGUAUGAAAAUCAUCUCGCCGAGAUUCUCAAGUCGAUCGAAGUGGGCUACAUCAGGGGAGCAAUCAUCAAGCCUGGAGCAGCCCCUAAUUACAACUCGAAUCGAGACCUCUUUGCCUGCGGUGUCGCUUAUAUGAGAAGGGAGCUGCGUCAAGCGGAUAUGGCACAGAGGAAAGCACUGCGAGCUGGGUACCAGAGGCUCUUGGAAUCGGUCAUGCAGCAGAUGAAGUCGCAUAUCAGAUCCGUCAAGUUGGGCUCGACCGAGCACCAGGACUACGUCAGUUUCAUUCGUGAGAUUGUUGGCCUCAUUAAGUCACACGGUGCCGAAAUUUGCACAGUCGACCCUUUCUACUAUCAAUUCAGCGCCGAAUACUCGCCCACCAAAGAGGAUCCUCAGCUGCAUACUGCAGGCAUUCUUGCUUACGGCCUCAGACUGGGGGAAGGGGAGACGACGGCGGCCCCACAGCUCUUCUACUACCUCUACAACCAUUUCAAAUCGGCUCUGGCAAACGGCCAGCUCGAUGCAGAGCGCAGGAUUAUCGAGAGUGGAAUGAGGGACGACAACAUACUCUCAUUCGUCAUCGGUCGCAUGCUGCCUGCGAUCAUCCAAGCGUCUUCCUCCGCACUCGAUAUAUGGCCACUGCUGCGUGUCUAUUCCCAGGCCCUUCUGCAAGUCCUCAACAGAUGCUGUCUUCCGAGAGAGAUCCCAGAAAGCUGUCUUGACGAUGUUGUUUGUCUACUGGACGCCGUAAUGGGCUGGAUGCAAGAUCAGGUUCGGCGAAGUGAUGAAGGCACAAGCAUGUCACCGGCCCAAAUACACGUUCUGAACGAGGUGGUGAGACUAUGCAACGCCAUACGGCCGAGCUUGAUCUGCUGGCUCUUGCUGCCUUCCAUGAUGGAUACGACGCAGAGACUGGAAAGGUGUAUUGAUGGGAUGACUCACUUUGCUAAAAAUGCUGCUUCUAUUCUCAAGAAUUUGCUCGCGUUACGAGGGACCGAGACGACAGUCCGCGACGUGGCUGUGCGAUCACUAGUCGCACUGGCAAAGGAUGACUCGCCUCCUGCUCACAUGGAUCCUCACAUCAACAGCUUCAAGCAGACUCUGGUGCGCGAGAUGCAGGACAGUUGGAUCGUCACACCGGAUCUGAUCACGGUCAGAGUAGCGGUUGCCUCCUCUGCGCAUACAGGGACACAGUCGAUGCAAGGGGUCAAGAAUGAUUUGGGCCAGGGACAAGAGGUCUUGUUGAAACUUUAUGAUGGUGUGAGGGCUUGGACGAGGGAGAUGGACCGUGAGGAAGACACCGCCACCAGUCGAAAGCGGCGGCGAAGAAGAACCACGAGACGCUUCAAAGCAAUAGUAGAAAUAGACAUCUUGUGA